AUGCGCAGGACAAAUCGCAAGCUCAAGACGAAGGAGAAGAAGGAUUGGAACCCGGCCACUUAUUUUAUUGUCAUGUUCCUAUUCAUCGGAUCCAUGUCUAUCCAAAUGAUCGCGCUGCGAAAUCAGACGGACCGAUAUAUGCGACAGUCGUCACUACGGAUUGCUCAGCUUCGAGAAGUGGUUCAACGCAUACAAAACGGAGAGGAUGUAGAUGUAGAAAAGAUUCUGGGUACUGGUGAUCCCCAGAAAGAGACAGAGUGGGAAGAGGUGUUGCAAGCUAUUGAACGCGACGAAGCAUCUCGAAAUCCCGAGAAGCAACCUAGUCAGAAGCAGGCGGAAGCCCAGGUCAAGACGACAAGCCAACUUGAGAGCGCUUCUCAGCAGCCGCCCUCAGAACAACCUGUCAAGACAAAGACGGCCAGUUUUGGAAAUUUCUUUUGA